CUUGUGGUGGGGGUGUCGCUUCACUCCCUGCCGGUGAUGCAGACCUCCCAGACAGCAGAAGACGCUCUCCCAGAAGCUGAUGGUUGUUCCUUCCUCUGAAGCUCAGCAGGCUGAAGUUCAAACCUGAAGAGAAAAGGUAGCUUGUGGCUGCGUGGGGCAGUGGGUGGGGCAAAUAAACAAGUGGAGACGAUGACCCACCCCUGAUGUCAUGGCAAGAAAACUUCGCUUUGAAAAGUCUCUCUUUGCUCUUUUAUUUGUGAAGAAUUUCUGACACAAACAAUUAAAAACUGCAUUUGUCAAAAUCAUUCAUUAUCAGUCAUCAGAUCGUUCAUGACGGUAAAGUUUAGAGAAAGACGUGAGUGGAGAUGAAACAAAGAGCUUAAAACACAAGCACAAAUGUCAAUAGUUCAUAAUUGUGUGUGUGUGUGUGUGGGGGGGGGACUCAACCAAGCCAGAGAUGUUCAGAGAAUACUGCUCUGAGGGAGGAGGAGAAAACCAUACGACCUGGGCUGAUGCUGGGAGGGCUGCGGAAUCAGAAACGGUUCAAAGGAACUGACAAAAAACAUGAAAAAUAAAAAGAAAGAAAAGGAGAUUUGGAAUUUAACCUCAAUCAAACUUUUUUUUCCCUUUUAUCCUCCCAAUUUGUCUGUUGUCUUGUUGCUGAGCUGUAGGAUCUGUCAAUCCUCAUGUGUGAACGGUUUCCUCCCGCAGCAGUCAGGGCUCCUGAACACCCCAUUAGGAGAAGAUGCUCUCUAUUCAUGCACACCAGAUCAGUCACAUGUUUCAACUGUUUAUAGUAUAUUAUUAUUUGUUUAUUUACACAUCCCAGUCAAUCACAUAUGACAGCUCUGAUAGUAAAUAACUACAGAUGUUCCGUUAUUAAAUCAAAUCCAGUAACAUCAGCUGCUGGUUGACUGUAGUUGUUCAGUCAUUCAGACAGAACCAACAAAAACCAUCAGUUCAGUCUUCAUGUCUCAAAACAGAAGAGUAUUCGGACUGACCUUUGAGAAGUGGAAAAUCUUUGUGGACUUGGAGGAACCUGCAUCAAACUGAAAACAGUUUUGUUCUAACUUCUUUAUUAUAUGAACUUCAUUACAUAACAGCACAUAAACAGGAUCAGCCUUGUGGAAAAAGAAACAUGCAAAGUAAUGCAUUUUAAAGUAGUAAUGAACAAAUUAAACCUUUAAGCAGAAUUAUUUCAAAAUAAGAGCCAACACAGUUGAAGUGAAAGGUGUGACGGGUGUGACGGGUGUGUCUCCUGCAGCUCGUGACUGUAUUUUACCCUUGAGGGUCACAUGACCCGUCAGGACCAGGACUAUACCGACUCUGCUUGAGGCAACGAGAAUUGUGAAAGCUUCAUCAUGUUUAUGUUGCAUUCAAGUGCCUUUGGAAAUAUGAGUGUUGAAAUGAUAACGUCCACACAUGAGCGCCUAUUAAGACUUCAUGUGUUUUUCUUUAAAAACAAGAAUUGAGAGGAAAACGCCUCGUUUCAUUCUGGGUCACUCCAGCACAAAGAAAGCAGGUGGUUUUUAUUCUGGGGUCAUAUGACCGAGCUCUGGGGGUGUCCAUGAAUGCAACAGCGCCGGCGCAUCCUCGCGGUGAGGCGUUCACAGGUCGGACAAACUUGAGUGGGUCUGCCCUGCUCACGAGCUCACAGCCUGUGGUCCUGCUGCUCUGUUACAAGUCAUUCCAGACCGGGAAGAUGUCGCUGGUUUCUCUGAGACGAAACCUUCUGGCUUUCAGAAACUCUGGGACGAUGAUGGUGCGGUUUGCUCAGACCGCCGCCGCUCCGGCUCCAGAGCCCAGGAUGAAGACGUUCCAGGUGUACCGCUGGGACCCGGACCAGCCUGGUGACAAACCGCGAAUGCAGACGUAUGAAGUUGACCUCAACACCUGUGGCCCCAUGGUCCUGGACGCUCUUAUAAAGAUCAAGAAUGAGAUUGACCCCACACUCACAUUCAGGCGUUCUUGUCGAGAAGGUAUUUGUGGUUCGUGUGCGAUGAACAUCAAUGGAGAAAACACACUGGCCUGUCUGAACAGGAUCAACAGCAACAGCAGCAAACCAACAAAAAUCUACCCGCUGCCACACAUGUACGUCGUCAAGGAUCUGGUGCCAGACAUGAGCAACUUCUAUGCGCAGUACAAAUCGAUAGAGCCGUACCUGAAGAAGAAGGAUGAGAGUCAGGAGGGGAAGACGCAGUAUUUUCAGUCCGUGGAGGACAGACAGAAACUGGAUGGCCUGUAUGAGUGCAUCCUCUGUGCUUGCUGCAGCACCAGCUGUCCCAGCUACUGGUGGAAUGGAGACAAAUACCUGGGACCUGCUGUCCUCAUGCAGGCUUAUCGCUGGAUGAUUGACUCUCGGGAUGAGUUCACCGAGGAACGAUUGUCGAAGCUCCAGGACCCCUUUUCUCUUUACCGCUGCCACACAAUCAUGAACUGCACCAAGACUUGCCCCAAGGGUCUCAACCCAGGAAAGGCCAUUGCAGAGAUCAAAAAAAUGAUGGCUACUUACAGAGAAAAAACAGCCACCUCGCCAUGAGUUACUGAACGCAGACGGCUCACCUGUUCAGAGCUGAACUCUGCCACGCUGCUUCAUGUAUAUAAAAUAACUGGACAGAGCAAACCCCCCUACUUCCGUGUUCCAUAUAGGAAGUACCACUGGGUUACAAAAAGGCCAAAGUCCCAU